CUUUUCAAACGUAUUGUAAAUCUCGUACCGAACUGUACGUACAUUUACUAGUACAUAGUUACAGCCUUAGAAACUAAUAAUAACUGUGGCGCCAUCAUGUGGUUAUAAGGAGGUAUUUCAGCUGCAGGACAACAGUGAAGGCCUAGGUAUAAAAUGCAAGGCCCGCCACUGGUCUGACUGGAAAUGUACCACUGCAGGGCUGUGCUGUACCAUAGACUGUGUGCAUUCGUUUUUCUUUUUUUGUUGUUGUAAUUCAUCGGGUACAGAGAAGGGUUAGAAAAGCAAACUUGUAUGGCUUCAUUCCCUUUGCGUGUGUGAACACACUGGCUGAUCAGACGGAAUACAUCUGAGGUUUUAAAAGUCUGACAUUGUAGGCUUGCUCUCAGACAAACCCUGCCUCCAUCACCACAAUUUAAUUAAAUGUUUUGCCUGCAUGCCCACAGGCUUUCAGCACAGGGUAGAUAUCUGUAGGUGAUAUGCUUAUGUAGAGGAGAGUCUUAGUAUUGCAGUGUUUGGUUUUAGUCAAAUUGGCACCAUUAAAAGUAUACUGAAUCAGCUACUAGAAGUUCCUGUGUACAUAAUGCACCCAUGAAUGUACAGACAACUACCAUGUGAGUAGCAUUGCUGUGAUACUGGAGGAAAAAAACGUAACGAUUCUCAGACAAGUUCUGGAUUUAAAAGGAACUCCUUAUGAUUUCUGAGUGGAUUUCUGGACGUUUAUUUGUCAUUCAGUUUCAGUAUAAUUUUGUACCUGCAAUAAUUGUACAUGUUGCGAUGCCAGUGAACUGUCUUUGGUGUCUUUAAACCCUUCUAUGUGGCAUGUAAAGUUAAGGAAGAUCUCACAACUCCACCUGGACAUUCAGUUUUAGUGACUAUUCAACCUGUGUGCUGCACAAACAGGAGUUCCAUGUCUGGCCAGUUUGUACUAAUAGUACGGUACAUCGUUUCCAUAUUUUGCUGAGCUGUGCUACUAAAACACGGGUUCCAUGCCAGUGACUCACUCAAAGGCUGUAUUGUCUGCACACCCCACCCAAGAACUGGCCAAAGGAACGCACAAUACAGGUGAGGUAAAGCCUCAGAGCUAUGACUGGAAUUGCACUUGGCACUCCCAUUGCCUCCUCUGUAAAUCAUGUGAAAACAAUGGUAGCAAAGGAAUGGCUUUGCAUACACCCGAAUAUACUUUUUCUGCACAGUAUGUGUUUGUGUUUUCAAAGAAGGUAGUAUUGAAUGUAAUGCUGUCCUUCCACUUCUGUACUUCUGCAUGUUGUUCAAAUACAGUUCAAAGUAAAGCGUCUCUCUUAGUAUGGGAGGAAAAGGUUCAGAAAGUCAACACCCAUGCUUUAAGCAGUAAAUCUGUUAGUCAUGUGGUCUUAGAAACACUCCCUAAAUUCUGGUUUCCCAAAUAUUUUUUUUGCGUCCGCCCGAGCUGUUUUGAUGCACAGAAUCAUGAUGAAAUCCCCUCCUUUUGCCAGAGAUAACGGUCUUCUAUUGGCUCAGCCAGUGGUUAUCGCUUGAUCGUUGUGACCUGGUUACAUGGAGACCAAUCGAUAUCCUUCCCUGCUGCUAUUAUCCUCAAGAGGUGAUGAUCUCACUGUAACAUAUGAUGAGGUCUUGUCUCUCUUGACAGAUUGUUUGACGCAGAUGUAUUAAAAAAACUAAAGUCUGGCCCCUCCCUUUAAUUCUCAUAGGCAAUUAGGCAGCCAGGGCGGUUGCACAAGCCUUCUUUUAUUGCUGCAUGCACAAAAGAAGUGUGUACACAAGCAUGUGUCUCUAUACAUGUGUGCUCAAGGCCAGCGCAUUACACAUCUGGGUGUGUGCUCGUUGAUAAGUGGCUCGGAUAUUGUCUCAGUACACUGCGAAAAAUUGUUUUACACACCUGCCCAGGCAUGUUUUUAUGCAGGUGUGUGUGUGUGUGUGUGUGUGUGUGUUAAAGCAGUAUCUGUUUCCCUGAGAAGCAGCUCCGAUGUGGCCCCUUAUCAGGUGGGUGUCAGUCCACGGUCAGCUCACUUCCCCUUAUAGCCCAGAGAGUUACAGCCCGGCCUCUCUUGUGACUUUAAGAUCUGAGCUGUCUCCCCCUCUGCUCUCUGACCACGCCCCCCCUUGGGUCCCUCCCUCCGUUCCCUCCCUCCCUCCGUUCCCUGUGAGUUGGAAACAUGCUGCAAGCCGACAGUCAAGGCAGAGGCUCAUAGACAAACACUCGCACACAGACACGCUCGGAGGCACUUUCAGCCAACAUGGGCCAGAUAUUGACCUGGUUCCGAGGCCCACGGGACGGCCAGGCCCUGCAGGAUGUGUCCGUGGAGGAGCAGUCGCAGCCUAGCCAGGCCACACCCAAACCGGCAGCUCAGGCCUCCACUGUGAAACCUGCACUGUUCGAGAAGGCAUCAUCAGGAUCCGCCAUGGCUACAAAGCCUGAGGUGUUUACCGCAGCAGCAGGCGGAGCCACACAAAGUGGCGUCACAGCAGGAGGAAGUGCUUCAAUUGGGAACGCAGAAAAAGCCAAACCAGAGACUAACACUGCGCCGACAGCUGCUACUGUUAUUGACAUGUCGUCAGCUGGGGCUACCUUUGUUGACAUGACAUCAGCUGGGCCGAGGGGCUUUCCUAAAGAGAUGUCAAAGACUGCUGCUGUCUCCCAAAUCAAAGCCUCAGCCACAGUUCCUUCUGCUGCUGCUGGAGUGGCUGCAGCCGCUGGCAUCGCAGCGGCCACUGCUGUGACCAAACCUAAAGAGUCGCCCAAAGGCACAGCCAAGAGUGCCACUGCCACCACAACAGUCAGAGCUGAUGUGCAUAAAGUUGAUCCUGCUAAAUCCUCAAAGCCAGUUGCCACUGCUGCGGCUGGAAAUGUGUCUGUGCAGGGGAAGACAGAAGCUAAACCGACACAAACGAAGGUUCAAGUGGAGGUUCCUCCUGCAGCAGCUAAAGGAGUCAAAGAGGUGGAUCCAUUCGAUGCCCUCGCCAGCAUACUGCCAUCCGUUGACGAUAUUGCACCCCGACAGCCUGUGUACACAGGGCCAGAGGUCACAGAGCUUAACAUCACCUCUGAGAAGGGUCAAAAGUCUGGAGAAAGAGACAGCACGCUGCCUCCAGGCUACAGAUUUGAGGAUAUGGGUCCAGUUCCUGCAGAUGUUAAACCCGAGGACGUUCCGAAACCAAUGAGCACCGGCGAGGCCCUGGAUUCUCUUUCAGAUGCAUUCAUGACUCCAGCUGCACCCAAGAAGCAAGAGGUCAGACUCUUCAAGCAUGAUAAAAAACCCAAGAUGGAGAAAGUCUCGGCUGAUUUCUCUCUGAUGUCUGCACUGGAUACCAAAGUGGACACCAAGCCCAAGACUGACGGGGGUGACUCUAUGUCUCUGGAUGCUCUCAGUGCUCUUGUUGACACGUUGCCAGAAGACAAACCAAAACCUGAACUCCCCGAACUCAGACCUGAGGACAUCGUCUCGGAGGAGAAACACAAGAAGGAGAAGGGUGUGCUUGUAGGAGAGAGAGAGGACUCAAUUGCUCCAGAGUACAGGUUUUAUAAGGACGUACUAAAAGAAAUGCCUGCUCCAAAACCUGAGCCUUCCAUGGGUACUGGUGAGGCUCUGGGCAUUUUGUCUGGAGACUUCAUGACCGCUGCAGCAGCGCCCGCUGUACAUGCUCCUCUUCCUGCAAAGAAAGCCCCUGCAGUUCCUUCUGCUGAUAAAAAAGUCAAGAUGGGCAACGUCUCGGAUGAUUUCUCUCUGGAGGCUGGACUUGAUUUGCCGACUGUCACGAAAGUAGAGCCCGUUAUGGCUGUAUGUCAUGCUGCUCCUCCUGGUAAGAAAAUGGCUGCAGGAAAGGACGAUGGCAAGCAAAAGUAUGGUCAGGAUGACUCUAUGUCUCUGGAUGCUCUCAGCGCUCUUGUUGACACGUUGCCAGAAGACAAACCAAAACCUGAACUUCCCGAACUCAGACCUGAGGACAUCGUCUCGGAGGAGAAACACAAGAAGGAGAAGGGUGUGCUUGUAGGAGAGAGAGAGGACUCAAUUGCUCCAGAUUACAGGUUCAAAGAGGACAACCUCAAAAAACUACCUGCUCCAAAACCUGAGCCUACCAUGGGUGCUGGUGAGGCUAUGGACUUUUUGUCUGAAGGCUUCACGACAUCUUCAUCAGCUCCUGCCGUCCAGGCUCCUGUCAUCACUCCCUCAGCUCCUCCUGCACAGACCAAAGUAGAGGAUUUGUCAGCUAUAGAUCUACUUCUUGGAGAUUUUGUGGCUCCAACUAAAGCUUCUGGAGUUCAGGCUCCUGCCCCGCCUCCUACCAAAAAGACACCAGAGAAAACAGUUUGUCCACUGGAGCAAGCAAAACCCAAAACUGAUACGGAUGACUCUAUGUCUCUGGAUGCUCUCAGUGCUCUUGUUGACACGCUGCCAGAAGACAAACCAAAACCUGAACUCCCCGAACUCAGACCCGAGGACAUCGUCUCGGAGGACAAACACAAGAAGGAAAAGGGUGUGCUCCUCGGGGAGAGGGAUGACACACUUCCUCCAGAGUACAGGUUCAAUGAGGCCGAACUAAAAAAACUGCCUGCUCCAAAACCUGAGCCUACCAUGGGUACUGGUGAGGCUAUGGACUUUUUGUCUGAAGGCUUCAUGACAUCUUCAUCAGCUCCUGCUGUCCAGGCUCCUGUCAUCACCCCCUCAGCUCCUCCUGCACAGCCCUCUUCAGACUUCGUUUUGAAUGCCAUGGCAGCAGAAUUUGUUUCCUCAUCUGCCGCUCCGAAAGUGAAGUCCGCCGUUUGUGCUCCAACAGAAACUGCACCAGAGCUGUCCGGUGGAGCAGGCAGUGCCCUGGACGCUCUGUCAGACACCUUGAAGGAUAUUGCACCCGCCCCUCAGCCCGCACCACCUCCCGCCAAAGACAUUGUCAAGGAGAAAAAGGUCGUGGAAGAGAGGCUGAUUAAAUUGGGGGAGAAAGAUGACUCCCUGCCACCAGAGUAUCGACUCAUUGAGGAAGAGCUUAAGAAAAUGGCAGACGCAAAGGCAAGAGCAGCUGCACCAGCACCCAAGGAGAAGACUAUGGAUGAUAAAACCGCCUUGGACCUGCUGUCCAGUGACUUCUCUGUUGCUCCCAAGCCCGCUGCACCCGCUGCAUCAUGUGCUGUCACGACAAAGCUGGAACCUCCUGUGCUGGACUCAGAGCCCCUGAAGCCAAUGGCCGGUCCUGUUCUGCUCCCAGACACCCCAGAGUUCAAAUCUAAGACGGACAAACCAAAGAGCAAGAGCAAGUCAAAGUCAAAGUCUAAAAAACACCAGGCAGAGGAGCCGUCUGCCACUGAGCAGCUACCAGCUCAGCAAAGCUCAGACGUUGUGCCAAAAUCUGCAAAGAAGGGAGGCAGGAGCUAGACCCUCUGGUUGUCAGCGCAGUUUGUCCUCCCGGCCACAGGGACUCAGCAGUGAGGGAGCUGCUUUCUGGAUAAUGAUUCUAUUUUUUCUAAAUCGUCAAGAAUGUAUAGUUGAUAAAAGACAAACCUAGAUAUACACUUGCUCAACACACACACAAACCUCUGCAUGCGGUGCCUUUUUUUGCUCGGUUUCACAUGUAUUUAAGGAUGAAAAGGUUUGGGUUUGGGUCUUUGGAGAAAGUAAAAAUUAAAAACAAGGUGGAGAAUGAGUGAAAGGGGUGGAGACUGUAAAGAAAGAGAGUAGUUUAACUCAAGUGAAAACCGUUGUUUGUUAGCUGGUGUGUUGAGGGUACCGAGCGAAAGGGAGGUGCUGCUCUUCAGAGUCCUGCAUGUACAGCUCAGAUGACAGUUUUUCCAAUAUCACGACAUACUGCUUAUCUAAGCCUGGUGGUGUUGUGACGUUGGUUGGAGCAGUGGUAACCGUCAGCUUUCAUGUGAGCAGUGCGAAAGUGGGUGUAUAGUAUCGGGAUGUUUGUGCAAUCUUGAUGUACACAGAAAAACCAAGUUUUCUAUCACGAUGUGGUCCGAUGCCAUUGAGACACUAGUGUACAGCUUAGUUUGCUUAUAUUUUGGACAAAAUAUAGUUUACAUAAUUAAAUAUGUGGAGGAUUUCCAGGAGGUGUUCUGCUUAAUUCUGUGUCUGAGAGCUUUUGACAAAUGCCUUUUUCUUACAGUAGAGAAUAUCUGUUAAAAGAAGGGUCUAAAAAAACAAGCUUUGUUGACUGCCCUUGUUCGUAUACUGUACAGAAAAGAAAAGAUUUUUGCUCUCUAUAAGACAACACUGUAUAAUUUACAAAGGGCUUUCAACUGUAAAGUAAAAGAAAUCAAUAUACUGUCCCCAGGUUUUUUUUUUUUUUUAUGUCAAAGGUUUUGUGUGGUUGUGAUUCAAAAGAUCUGAGCAGUAUAUUAGAUGUGGGAAUACUAAUUAAAUAAAAAAGAUUUAAAAUGUUAAUGGUGUAGUUGCUAUAUGUAGUCUGGUUUGUACCAUUUGUGCCUAAAAUGAUAAACAAAAGCUUACACGAACUGCCUUAAUUUGUGGAAGAAAGCGUGAUCAAUACAGCAGGAAAUUAAUAAACACUGUUUUUCGAAAGGUGCAAGGGAAGUGUGUGAAUGUAUUAAAUUGAACAGAAUCUCCUUUGAACGUAUCUUUCGCUACUUCUGACUUCGUGGUUUUUCACUCUGCAUACACUUGUAGCAGCCCACUUCCCUUUGAAUCGGGCUGAAGUUUUACAUGAAAUAUAAACUCCAUUUAAAACUUUGUAUUUCUGUGCCAAGACCCUGACGACAGAGGGGGAUGCAAAUGAGUGGGUUUGAUGUGCAGAAACAAAUCCUUAAAAUAAAUAAACACGCAUACAAUU